AUGUCUUCUGCACAGAAUACCUGGGGUACGCUGAUCAAUGCUGACAAGAGCCCCGCCCCGCUGCUCGAACAGCUAUGUCUGGGAAUCGCUCAGCUGAUGCCAACAUUUGACCAAGAUGGAACUACCGAUAUCACUCCAGAGCGCAUGGCGACGUUCUAUCGCAAGGUCGGCGGGAAUUACGACCCUUUGUUCCUCGAGACCAAAACCCAAGCCUUGUCAUUCAUAUACCAGUCGCUAGGAUGUUUCCACAGCUUACAGCCCUCGUCCAAUCCAUACGAGGCUCCAACGAUACCAUCGCUACUUCCAACAGGCUUUGUGCGCUGGCAGACGAUACAGUUGCUGAUGGACCCGGAUGAACACUCAAUGUACCUACAGAAUGCGGUUGGUCUUUGGGACCUUACAGACCCAAAUGGGGAACCAUUCCCCAAAUCAAUACCACGGGAUGCAUUUCCGUCAGAGCCUGAUCCAGAGAUGCUUGAAUGGCAUGAAGGGGUAAGUCGAAGAUUAGAACACGACUAUUUGAAAAGACAUACGAAACGUGCUUCGCCGCCAGACUUCGGCACAUAUCAUUAUACUUUCAGCGGGAAAGACCCUUUGCCUGAAGAAGAUGACUAUUUUUCACGGGCCAAACCCCAUGCAUCAUCGAAGCGAAAUAACCGCGCAGACCCUGACCGGCCUAGCGGACAUCGCCAUCACCGCCGACACCAUAGCGGAGAAUACCCUGCCGAGUCUGGGCACAGGCAAGCCAAGGCUCGGUCCGGUUUUUCAACACCACGAGUCUCAUCACCACCUCCAUGGGGUGACCACCCGCGUCACUCUAGAGGCCGGGAGCAAGCACCCGGACGCAGUCAUCCACUAAGCCCAGGGGCCGAGGAACCAGAAGUCUUUGAGCCAUCAUCAGAUGAGCUCCACACCUCCGAAGGGCGAUCUCACACCACUCGACACCGAGAAAGACGCCACCUCUCACCUCCUUCAAACAGUAAUGCUAGACGUCACUCCCACGAGGCCUACACCCGGCGCCCUUUCCGAGACAUUUCACCAGGUCCUCGCCGCCACCGUCGCAGUCACGAAAGUCAUUCUUCGCGCUCUAGCAAAUCCCACCCAGAAACAUCUUCAAGGCACAAAGACCCCCCUCGCUCCAGAACAGCGGGCGUCAAGUUCCGUGAGUUCAUUUUCGGCGACUCAGCUCCAGCCCCCGCGGCACCCUCCCCACCACUCUACAGGUCUCCUACCCCUCCCCCACCGCGCGCAGUUCCAAGACACCUCGACCCAUACGCCGCAGAGGAGAUUAGGCGAGGAAGCCAUAGCGGCGGUAGCAGUGGGAGCCGACCCAGUAGUGGAGGGAGUGGAUCCGAGCGACCAAGGUCGUAUAGUAGCGCGGGCAUGCAUCGGUCUAACGGCUGGGCAAGUCCGAGAAGCUUGGCUGCGAAGCGAUACACGCCUUCUGGGGGACCUGAAGACUAUGUCCCGUUACGACGGGCCCCGAUCUAUGAGCGAUGA